AUGUUUUAUUUGGAUCAUCGGAUCGAUGGGAUGCCCCUCUACCCAGCUAUGGGUUAUCUCAUGUUGGGCUGGCGUUUAUUAGCCGCACAUUUGGGUAAAAUCUGGUACAAUAUUCCCGUUAUUUUCGAAAACAUUCAAAUGAAACGUGCGGUACAUUUGUCCGACGAUAAGGACACCAAACUUCAAGUCAAAUAUAACUCGACUAAUGAUCAGUUUUCAAUAUACGAAAACGGCAACCUCUGUGUUGUGGGCAAAAUCAGGGCACCGGGUGAUGACGUACUGAUCGCACAAAAUGAGAUCUACGAGAAUGAAAAUAAGAUAUCCUUAUGUGAGUACAAACUGGAAAGGGAUGACAUCUAUAAGGAGUUACGUGUUAUGGGCUAUGAUUACGGCCCAGAGUUUCAACGACUCCGUAGAGUCGCCACAAAUGACUUCAAAGAGAUUUACGCCGUAAACGAGUGGACAGGAAAUAUGAUCUCCUAUUUGGAUGCCGUCGCCCAGACAUCCCUAAUGGCACUACCCUUUCGUAAGCUAAUGGUUCCGGUGAUGAUUCGCUCCAUACGUAUAGACCCGCGCGUACUCUUCGACGCCUUUAAGAGGUAUAAAAACAUCGAGGAAACAGUGGCCCCAACAGAUUACGCGGAGACUAUGAUCAGGGAUAAUAUGGUUAAGACAGGCAUUGUGAACGUGGAACAGGAGCUAAGUGUAAAUGAUAUCCAAUCGGAAAGUCAGAUGGUUAUGGACAGGGAUGACGAGAUGGCCUGGAUUAAAGACUACGCGCGUAAAAUUAUCAAUCAAUUCAAUGAACGUUUUGCCAAAUACUCGGCCGAUUUGCCCGUAUAUGUCAACACUGAGUGUAAGCGUACGGUAGCGCAUGGGAUAGAGAUUGAGGACGUGAUGGCAGUUCCUAUAUCCAGACGCUCCGAUACGUCUGACUUAGUGUUGGACUCGUAUAAGUUCUGCGCCAACAAUGACAAGGAAGCCAUCGGGGAAUGCAUAGCCGCUAACACACAGCAAUAUUUAGAAAUCAAGGUUUGCAAAGCAAUUGCCGUUAAAGUGAAACAAAUGAGUUUCAAUGAAAUGAAAUACGAUUUCAAUAUCGAGUUGAUUAGCGAUGAAGUGAUGGAAAUCCGAUACCACGACGAAGACAAUAAGACGGAUAACGUAUGGCUUAUAGCUAACGACUCGUGUAUUAAUGAACCGGGAGGAGAGAACUGGAGAUAUAUUUUCAAUUACGACAGCACUGGUAGUCCAAUGGAUAUAGACUUCAAUGUCAGCCCUUAUAGCGAUAUAUUGGCCAACGAUUUGGUGGCGAAUGUCGUGAAAGANCCGGUUCCCGAUAUAUUGGCCAACGAUUUGGUGGCGAAUGUCGUGAAAGAGGGAAAAGUGGGAACUUAUCGGCACUUAAGACUUCCCACGGAUUACGACAAAUGCCUCUCAAAUAAGUAUUACUUAAAUUCUGGACAAUCGCGAGAUAUCGCAGGUUUGCAGUGGUUUUGUGGCAAUAACAUACCGGUGCUUAAAGAGACAAUUACUCCUAACAACAAAAUAAUACACAAAACACCGGUUGAUGUCUAUUACUCUGGUAUUUCAUUUCACGACGUUAUGCUCGCAACCGGUCGUAUCCCACCUGGCCCUGAACAAAUAUUCACCGACUGUGCCUUAGGCUGUGAAUAUGCUGGCCGUAGGGUUGAUACCGGGGAAAGGGUUAUGGGUUUAGAAAUGGGCCGAUCGUUCGCCACAUCUAUUAAUGCAGACAUUCAUAGCAUGACUACAGUUCCCGAGCACUGGUCUAUGGCUGAGGCGGUGACUAUACUCAGCACUUAUAGCACACUGUAUUAUGCGCUCAUCAAAAGGGCUAAUUUGAAACAAGGAGAGAGUAUACUCAUCCACUCAGCGGCCGGAGGUGUGGGACAGUCGGCUCUAAACAUGUGUCUCCACUACGGGUGCGAUAUCUAUGUGACGGUUGGGACGGAAGAGAAAAAGCAAUUCCUUGUGAAGGAGUAUAACAUUCCUGUGAACCGGAUAUUCAACUCAAGANAUAACAUUCCUGUGAACCGGAUAUUCAACUCAAGAGAUAUUCUCUUCAAGAAUCACAUCAUGAAAGCGACGAAAGGACGCGGAGUUGAUAUCGUACUGAACUCCCUGUCCGGCGACAAACUGGACGCCAGUUAUCAAUGUGUGGCCAAUUCUGGACGUAUCGUAGAGUUGGGACGUUUUGAUAUGAUUCACAACAAACAGAUAGGAAUGUUUGACUUCGUUAGGGAUAUACAGUUCAUAGCAGUUGUCGCGGAUGUCCUGCUUAUGGGAAACCCGGAGUUUUUGCCGGAGUUUUACGAUUGGGUUCACAAGAACUGUACGAAUGGUUGCGUAAAACCAUUCAAUUAUAAGGUAUUUAAUGCCUCGGAGGCCGAGAAGGCGUUCCGAUUCAUGACAACCGGUAAACACAUCGGGAAA